CCGCGGCGCGGGCGAUUUGUAGCUAAUGGCGGGUGCUUGGUCCGCGGACAGUUGUGAAGGAUGCUCCUCUACUAGCUGUACGUGUGGCCACAAGGGCAAGUGGGGCGACUCCUCGCUGUUAGGCAAGCGGCUCUCGGAAGACUCGAGCCGCCACCAGCUGCUGCAGAAGUGGGCGAGCAUGUGGAGCUCCGUGAGCGGAGACGCGUCGGUGGCCUGCCCUGAGAGGACGCGGCGCGAGGAGGCUGCGGAGCCGGCGGAGGAGGACAGGCCGCUGGUGUUUCUCUGCUCGCGCUGCCGGCGGCCGCUGGGAGACUCGCUGAGCUGGGUGGCGAGCCAGGAAGACACCAAUUCCAUCUUGCUUCGCUGUGUUACCUGUAAUGUUUCUGUGAACGAGGAACAGAUACUAUCCAAACGUAAAAAUGAAAAUGGUUGUGUCCUGGAGACCUUGUACUGUGCCGGAUGCUCGCUCACCCUCGGCUACCUGUACAGGUGCACACCCAAGGACCUAGACUACAAGCGGGACUUGUUCUGCCUCAGUGUCGAAGCCAUUGAAAGUUAUGUUUUAGGGUCAUCUGAAAAGCAAAUUGUGUCAGAAGACAAAGAGCUUUUUAAUCUUGAAAGUAGAGUUGAAAUAGAAAAAUCUCUAAAGCAGAUGGAAGAUGUUUUGAAAGCCUUGCAAACAAAGCUUUGGGAGGUCGAAUCAAAACUGUCCUUUACCAGUUGUAAAAGCUGAAUUGGUUCCAAGGCCCACAUUCUGCAGUCCUCUGCUGAUGGAGAGUUCUUUCAUAUGUAGCAAUUCUUGUUAUAAUUUACUUCACUGAGAACUGAAAUAAUUGGAAACGUUCAUGUACACUGUAUCCUCUUGUACUGAUCAGCUGGUCUCAUGAGAAGAACUGUAGAACUUUUCUGGAUGUGUUUGAUUGUAAAGAGGUGAUUGUUUCCUAAACUCCAGUUUUAAAGCCAUGAUAAUUGCUGGAAUUUGAGAGUUGUUGUUUUGAUAACAAACUCUUAUAAUUUUUUGAAGGGUUUUCUCCUCUGUACCAAAUUUGUAAUUUUUUACUUACUAUUUUUUAAUUUUAUUCUCUGUACCGAAUUUGUUAUUUUUUAUUUCCUAUUUUUUUAACUAUAUUUCACUUUUAAUAGUUUGAGCACUGUUUAAUCUUGAGUGCUUAGAAAGUCUUAGAGUUUUUUCCAUCCACUGUGUGGUUGAAUCUUCUUUGAAAACUAAUGAAUAAGCUUUCUGGAGAAACUGGUCAGUUGAAUUAUUUGUCCAAACUCUGAAACCUUGCACGAGUAGAUUAGCAUGUGUUCUGUUGGUGGUUGGAUUCCAUUUGGUCCUGUUAAUUUGCUCCUGUGUGCUUACUUAGUCGGUCAGUCGUGUCAGACUCUUUGCAGCCCCAUGGACUGUGGCCCUCCAGGCUACUCUGCCCAUGGGAUUUUACAGGCAAGAUUGCUGGAGUGGGUUGCCGCUUCCUUCUCCAGGAAUCGAACUGAUGUCUCCUGCAUUGCAGGGGGAUUCCUUACCUGCUGAGCCAUCAGGGAAGCCCGUAUUUACUACCAUAUACCCCAUAAUCUGGCAGCAUAGUUACCAAAGAGAGUAGUAAUUAUUCCCAAGGGUGGGAUUCUGGGAGAAUUUUCAGUUUUCAUAAUGUAAGACUUCUAGUAAGCACUUGUUAUUUUUAUAAUAAGGGAGAAAAUAAAGAUUAAAGCAAAGUGCUUUACAAUUGAUUUUUAUGAAACAGUUGUUUAAGUGAGCUCAGAAAUCCUGCUGUCAUAAAUACCACACAUUUACUGGGCAUGGCAGUGUAAGGGGUCCUGCUCAGGACUCUUAAAGGUAACCCCAAAUUUCCCCAGUCCCCACUCUGUUUUUGAGUAUAAAUGAGGCCACCUAACAUUAGUACUCAGCAUGUUUGAGUAACUUAACUCAAUUUCUGCUCAGAACCGCCCUAAUUAUUUCCAAGAAUACCUCAAGUUGUCAUGGCAAAAGGUCCUAAGUCAAAUUGACUUGAUCACUGAUCAUUCACGAUUACUAAGUUCUUUUUGAGAGAUUGUCUGCAGCCUCUAGUCAUUUGAAGUUAGCUGUCCAGGUCUCUUCCCCACACCUUCUGGCAACAGUCACCCUUCUCAGUAAGCUUGAUGAGGUCCCCAGGGUCUGUCAUUGUAGGUGUUUCGGUGGCGCUUUCAUGAAAGUUCAUUUAGAACAGAUGGGAGAGUUACUUUAACCGAGAGAUUCAGCUGACUUUCUUGUCGCAUGGGUGACAGACUUCUCCAGUCACUUUCAGGGCCAUUCCAGUUUGGCUCCUUAAUUCCUUUUACCCUGUUCAUCCUGGGCUACAAUUUCUAUC